AUGGACCUAGACGGGCCUGCUCAUCCGCCACCAGAUGGAGUUACUCCUAACUUCGACAAUCCACCAAACCGAAAUGCACUUGCCAUAGGCGUCCUGGCUGCGUGCGUCGCAGUCACAACAAUUUGCUUCUUGAUGCGUAUCUAUGCUAGGGUUUAUCUUUUGAGGAAGAUACAACCUGAAGAAAUCCUGGUUUUCCUUGCAUAUGGGUGCUACUGGGGACCUACCUAUACUGCCUUUGCCAUGGUCAAGACGCCUGGCUACUUUGUUCACCAAUGGGAUGUCCGUCUUCGGGACUUCAUGUCUACCAAUUAUUAUGUCUUUGUCUUCGGCGUCUGUUACUCAUUUGUCCUUCCGUUCCUGAAGAUAGCCAUUCUCGUGGAGUGGUGUCGACUGUUAGCCCCGCAAGGCUUACGAUCCAGAACCGCUUUCUGGUGGGGAUGCAUGGUCACAACUGGCAUCCAGGUCAUCGCAGGCGUUGCCAUAAUACUUGCCUUGAAUCUCCAGUGCAUUCCCCACAAAGCUAUAUAUGACCUCACCAUCCCGGGGAAAUGUGUCGACCUGUACAAAAUCCAAAUGGCCUCGGCUAGCGUCCAUCUUACAUGCGACGUGAUCAUGUUGUUAUUGCCACAGCCUGUUAUUUGGACAUUGAAGAUGACGUGGAAGAAGAGGCUGGGCGUUUCGUUCGUCUUUAGUCUCGGUGUACUGGCGUGUGCUUCCGCAGCACUUAGACUGGACACGAUAGUUAUGCAUCGUAGCGCAGCCGACCCGCUGUACAGCUUGGCUCCCGUCGUUCUCUGUUCCAUGGCUGAGAUGACGUGCGGGUUUUUCAUUUUAUGUUUACCCUGCAUUCCCAAGAUUAUCAAGGAGACCGGUGCCAUCCGCAAAAUCAAAAGAGCCAUGGGUAUGAAGACUACGAGCACCAAGCCGAGUGGAUACUCGGAGAACUGUGGGACUGGGAUGUCCGCUUAUGGUAGCGCCUCCUACAAGAUGAGUAACAACAUCAGAAGGGAGAAGCAGAAAGGGACUGAAUCAAUGGAAUAUCUCCAUGAGGGUAUACUCGAAGCCGGUGGGAUCAUUCGGACAACACGUAUCACCGUCACAGAGGAAUCUCGCGCUGCUAGUGAUGAGGAGGGCAAGAAGGCUGCUUGUCCAUAUAUGUCGAGAACGCACAGUGUUGAGUAG